AAACCACUUCGUUUAAUUCUUUCUAGAGGUCUUGCUUUAGGGCUCCAGAUUGAUAUUGUAGCAGAUAACAUGUCGGGGUUUUUCGUAUCAUCCGGCGGCGACAUAAGGACCAUUGGAGCAGAUCUGUUAAGUGCUGUUUUACCUUUGAUGAAACUCCUCUGCCUUACAGUUGUAGGCCUAAUUCUUGGACACCCAAAAACUCAAAUUGUCUCCAGAGCAACUUUCAAGCUCCUUAGUAAACUUGUAUUUGCUUUGUUCUUACCAUGCCUCAUUUUCACUCAUCUUGGUGAAUCCAUUACCCUGAAAAAUUUAGCCCUUUGGUGGUUCAUCCCUGUUAAUGUAUUGGUUAGCACAAUCAUUGGUUGCAUAUUGGGGAUUGUGGUGGCAAUCAUAUGUCGCCCUCCUCCUGAAUUCAUUCGUUUCACCAUUAUAAUGACAGCUUUUGGGAAUACUGGGAAUCUCCCUAUUGCUAUAAUAGGCUCUGUCUGCCAUAGCUCAGAUCACCCGUUUGGACAAGAUUGCCACAGAACCGGUGUUGCUUAUGUAUCUUUUGCACAAUGGGUUGCUGUAAUCCUUGUAUACACUUUAGUUUACCACAUGAUGGAGCCUCCCUUGGAGUAUUAUGAGGUUGUGGAAGAGGGUACUGAAAUUGAGGAACUACCACCCGUCAAUGAUUUGAGUCGGCCUCUCCUUAUCGAAGCUGAAUGGCCAGGAAUCGAGGAUAAAGAGACCGAACAUUCCAAGACACCCUUCAUUGCCAGGGUUUUCAAUAGCAUCUCAAGUUUGUCACAGAAUACAUUUCCUGAUGUUGAUCUCACAGAAGAGGGAGGUGGUGGUAGCAGCAGUCCCAAGUCCAUUAGGUGUUUGGCAGAGCCCAGGGUUGUCCGAAAGAUUAGAAUUGUUGCCGAACAAACUCCAAUACAGCACAUACUGCAACCCCCAACAAUCGCUUCUCUGUUAGCAAUUAUUAUUGGGAUGGUACCCCAACUCAAGGACUUUGUCUUUGGAGCUGAUGCUCCACUUUCUUUCUUCACAGACAGCUUGGAGAUCUUGGCAGGUGCAAUGGUGCCUUCUGUGAUGCUUAUUCUUGGGGGAAUGAUUGCAGAAGGACCACAUGACUCUAAACUUGGAAUUAGAACUACAAUUGGUAUUAUUGUGGCAAGGCUGUUGGUGCUUCCUUUGCUGGGAAUUGGGGUCGUUGGUUUGGCGGAUAAGCUGCAUCUUCUAGUCCAAGGUGAUCAAAUGUACAGAUUUGUGCUUUUAUUGCAAUAUACAAUGCCGAGUGCCAUCUUGUUGGGAGCAAUUGCCCGCUUGAGGAAUUAUGCAGUCAGCGAGGCUUCAGCACUUCUCUUCUGGCAGCAUGUGUUUGCUGUGUUCUCCCUUUCGCUUUAUAUUUUCAUAUACUUUAAAUUGCUUUAAUAUGUAUGAGA